AUGUCGUCCAACGGAAUCAAGACAGAGGAUGGCGCCUUCAUCAAGCCCGAGCACGAGGCCGACGAAUACGAAGACACUGGCGAAUGCCACAUGCCAGCGAACCCGGAGGAACAAAGAGCAUGGCUUUGCAGACUGCCCAAGUGGCUGUGGACGGCCUGGGAGGACAUGGCCGACGACGAAGAGAUUGAGCUGGGCAAGAUCCGCGUCUAUCACCAGGGCAACAAAGACGGCACAUCCAGAGUCCGCAUGAAACUGCACGACCACCCCAAGCACCACGACGUGCCCAAACUCUACGACUUGACCACCACCCGCGCCGGCUACAGCAACACCGUCGUCUUCUCCGAGCGUGAUCAGCCCGGCUUCAAGGCCUGGAACCCUAACCGCGUGAGGAAGGAUGGACAGAGGAACAACCAGUACAAGGUCAACAAGAACAAGCCUUAUACUUCUUCCAUUCCGAAACAAACCGCCCUCGCAGGCUAUGUCACCAAUGAAAUGGCCGUCACCGCUGUCGAGAACGACGAAUACCGCCGCCUCACCGACAAACGCUUCAUGGAAAUGUUCCACCCCAAGCGCACAACUCGCUUCGAAUCCGGUCCCGAAGCAAACGUGCACUCCAACACCCAAGCCAACCAAGCCUUCAGCAGCUUCAUCAAAGCCACCCAAGCAAAGAAGCCAGUCAAGAAACAACAAGAGAAGGCCGUCCGCGUCAGCCAGGAAGAACUGUUCGAUCUCCUCACAGACUGCUUCAAGCAAUAUCGCUACUGGUCGCUCAAGGCUCUCAAGCAGCGCUUGCAUCAGCCUGAGGCUUUCAUCAAGUCGACUGUCGAAAAGAUUGCCACUCUGAUGCGUAGUGGCAGGUUCGCCAUGAACUACAAGCUCAACCCCGAGUACGAGAGAACUCUCAACAUCGACUCCAACAACGUCAAGGAAGAGGUUGCCGCCGAGGAAGAUGACGACGAUGAUGACGACGAGGAUGAAGACGGUUACGAAGAUGUCAAGAUGGAGGACUCUUGA